ACUGGAAUUUUAAUUCAUUAUAAAGAUUCACAUGAAAAUAGCUAGACGCGCGCUCCGAAAAAUCCAAAUCACGUUUUAGUUUCACUUGGUCCGUCGACGGUUGUGCUGAGAAGAGAAGGUGGUGGAAUUUCUUUAAGGAGAAGGAGCUCCCUUUUAUUGUGUACCGUUUAAACAUUUAGUUAGAAUUUCCCUCAGAUUACAAAUCUCAUAAAAUGGCUGACGCUUUGGACAACGAGCAGGUGCAAUUAUUCCGCCGGGCAUUUUCCAUGUUCGAUUCGGGGAAAACGGGUCGCAUUGAGAAGGAGAAAGUUCGUACAAUCUUGAACACAUUGGGCCAUACUUAUGACGAUUCAGAACUUGAGACGCUUCUCGUUGCUGAAGAUGUCGAAGGGUCGGGAAAAUUGGAUUUUGAUUCGUUCUGCCGGGUAGCUGGGCGAUUUGCUGAGGAGGAUGACGAAGCACUCCAAAAGGAACUCAAGGAAGCCUUCCGAUUGUACGACAAAGAAGGAAAUGGCUACAUCCCAACAUCGUCUCUCCGUGAAAUUCUCGCCGCACUCGAUGAUCAGCUGACGAGUGAUCAACUCAAUGAGAUGAUUGCGGAAAUUGACACGGAUUCAUCGGGAACGGUGGACUUUGAUGAAUUCAUGGAGAUGAUGACGGGAGAUUAAGCAGCCAGACGUCAAAUCUUGUAAUUUUUCUACACAAAUUCAUUAAAUCAAAAGAAAACGGAAGAAGUACUUGAGCUCUGUGGGAGUAAAUUAACGUCACGUCGGAAGAACAAAUUUUACAAAAUAAAUCCUUUUCCAACAUU